AUGCAAAGUGGCAAAAACGAUGUGCCACUUGCAAAAUCAAAACAAACCUCUUUGAAUUUUGGCAAUAUUAGACAGAUAGUGAGGGAAGUGAUUUUAAGAAUGUUGAACGCAUCAUCGUCACAACAUCCAUCCUCGGAAGGUAGAUCCAUUUCGGAGGAAGAAUUAUUAUCAUCCUCAACCAUUUCCAAUCAAGAUAAAGCAUUGAUUGAACAAUUAUUUACAUCAUCAAAAUUACAAAACAAUUUACAUCGAUUACAAUUAAAGAAAGAACAAUUAACAAAAGAAUUGGAAAAGAAUCAACAUGAAUUGCUUGAGAAAGGCACAAGAAAUUUUAAUAUCGUAGAAUUACAUCGGAAGCAUUGUAGUAAUGGUGUUGUGUUUUCUGGAAAUCAAAUACCAAUGAUUGUGAAUAGAGGAGCCAUUGAAAUGCAUACCACGUCUGCUGAUUCAACAUUGUUUGCCAAUAACCAACAUGACCUUCAUCAACACAAUGUAUCACGUACAGUUGAAACUAUAAUCGGUGGAAGCAAACAUGUUGUGUUCAGUGUGGUGCUUGGAAUAUUGAGAUUUCUGCUACGUUUAGUGUUACAUUCGAGGUAG